GCCAGUAUGUUCUGUUAUACGUCGUCGAACUAUCCAGGUGAGCAGCACAAUAGCUGCAGGUGCAUCUAAGUUCGCACUUAAUAGAAAACACAACAGAUGUACAGCGGAAGUCUUCAAUUAACGGACAGGGACAUAAAAAGCGGAUACGACGUUCCGCUCUUUGUUUACAAAAUCUAUAAUAUCGUGGCCUAACUUCGAAACCGCCUGUGAGAAAUAAGUUCUGCUGUUCGAACUAGUGCUUGCGACAGGCUGUAAGCAACGCAUCGCAAAAAUGGCGACGGAACGGAGGACACGUGUGGAACAUUUGGUGGUUGAUGCAAACGCAUUUAUUCGAAAUGUGAACGUUUUUGAACUUGGUGAGAACAUCUACACAUUGCCAAAUGUCGUUUCGGAAAUCCGAGAUGCUACCACUCGACAGAGACUUCAGGUAUUACCCUAUGAACUAAAAUUCCGAAUUCCCGCCACGGAAAGCAUUAAGGCGGUAACAGAUUUUUCGAAGAAGACUGGAGAUUACCGCUCGCUUUCAUCGGUAGACUUGUCCAUUCUUGGUCUAACCCAUUUUUUGGAAAAGGAAGCUGUUGGCAGUAUCAAACAUUUGAACACAGAGCCAAAAAGCAACAGACCGCUGAUCAAUCCGCAACGCGGCCCAAUUACAUUGGUUGGGGCCAUCGAAGUGCCCACUGCAUCUUCCGCUACUGGGACAGCAGGCGAUCACGUGCACAAAAAUCGGGAUGAACGUACUAGUCUGCCUAUUGUCAUUGACGAGGAUAAAGAUGAUACAAGUGAAACUGAAGAGAAUAUGGACAGCCACGGUAUCAUAAAACAAAUGGACAACGUUUGUCUUACGGAACGCGAGGUUGGCGAAGAUCGGCUUUUUGGUUUUGACAGUAACGGUGAAGGAAGUGAAGAUGAUGAAAACACAGAAGACGAAAACGAUGUUGAUUCUGGCUGGAUCACUCCAGAGAACAUCAAACAGGUAAAACGCACAUUGGGUCUGGGUCAAGUAGGUGCCCACCAAGACGAGGAAAUGCCACAGGUAGCAUGUAUUACUGCUGAUUUCGCCAUGCAAAACGUGCUUAUUCAGAUGGGUCUGCAUUGUCUUUCAAUGGAUGGUAUCUGCAUCCGCCGAGCCCGAACAUACGUCCUCCGAUGCUUUGCUUGCUUCAAACGUACGUCCGAUAUGACCCGCAUCUUCUGUCCCGCCUGUGGGAAUAAGGGUACCCUAAAGAAGGUAGCGGUUGAACUCGAUGAAAAUGGCGAACUCAAGAUGUUCAUCAACUAUAAGCGGCCCAUUAAUCAAAGAGGACUGCGCUAUCAGUUACCGUUGUUUAAAAGUGGAAAACAUUCAAAUAAUCCUAUUCUGAACGAAUAUCAGCCUCGGCCUCAGAAUAAGCUGCCUAAAAAGGCUUUAAAAAAAAUCAGUGCGCUCGAUCCCGAUUAUGCUGCUCAGGAUAGUCCGUUUGCGAAGAAAGAUGUGCAAUCGCGUGCUGCGAUGCUCGGUGUUCGGCAAAUUGGCGGAUUACGACCUGGCCUCGACAGAGAUCCGUACAUGAACCGAGUGCGGACGGGCAAUAAAAAGCGGAGAAACAGACACUAACAGUAAUAAGAUCCUUGCAUUCACUUGUGAAACCCUCAGACACUGCCUGUUUAAUUAAUAUUCUUUGUGAAAUUAGUAGCAAGUUCGACAUAGAGGCGUUAUUCGAUGCUGAAGUUGAGAGUUAAUCACAAGACAACAUUGUUUUUCUAAAAUCAAACUGGUAUGAUUAUUAUACAAGAAAUAUGCUAGAUGAGGUGGCCAUAGUAAUUCAAUAUAUGAAUGUAUAUAUUUCGGGUUAAAGCAUAGUUUACAACGGAACUGAUUAUUGACUACGAUAAUAAAAGCAUAGAAAUGCAUAUUACGCGAACGGUUGGAAGAGUACGGUAACACCA